AUGAAAGCCCUAUCUCUCCUCCCGUUUUUCGCUGUCGCAUUCGCAGAAGAUCUCCUUUUCCAUGUCAGUUUCACUGGAUAUGAAGAUAUCGUCGCGAGUGAUCGCAACGGCAGGUACUCCUAUAACUGGACCUACACGACGGUUAGUACGAGUGAAUGGCAGGCCAUGACCACCAACGAUUUUAAAAAAUACAAAGCGAUAGUCAUCGGCGACCCUAUUUCUACCGAUCCCGAUAAAUUAGAGCCCUUAAUGGAAAAUCGACAGACGUGGGGGAAUGCGAUUGAGGGAAAUGUUAUUUUGAUUGGCACGGAUACCUCGAACCAUUACUACGAUGCACAAACCCUCAUGUCUAAUGGUAUUGCCUUUGCUGCUACUGGCAAGGGCACUGGUCUCUACUUCUCUCUAUCAAAAUACUAUGGCGCUAAGAACAAAACAACCGUUCCGAUCCUUGAUAUCUUUGGCAACUUCGAAGUCCGUGGCGACCUUAAUGCUGAAGAGGAAGAAAACUGUUAUGAUGAAGUCCAUAUUGUUGCUCGGAACCAGGUGUUAGACGGCAUCACGGAUCAAGUUCUCAGUAAUUGGUCCUGCUCAGUUCAUGAGGCUUUCGUUACGUUCCCUUCGUCUGGUACCGAGAGUUUCGUCCCGUUGGCUAUUGCCCAAGAUGUCCCAGGCGAAGGGUCUAGGGAUUUCAGUGAUGGUACGAGCGGUAUACCUUACAUUCUGGUUAGAGGAGCGAGUCCUAUCGGAUGUGGUAAUGGAAAGCUAGACCCUGGCGAGGAAUGCGACGAUGGCAAUACAAACGAUGGAGAUGGUUGUAAUAGCGCCUGCAGAUUCGAGUCGGGAUUUAAAAAACAAGCCUCUGGAGGCAAGAUUGCAGGCGGCGUAAUCGGUGCCAUCGCUAGUGUAGCAGCAUUAGGUGGUCUUGGAUUCUUGGCUGUCACCAAGACCGUCUGGGGCGCAAAGGCCGGAGCAGCUAUUGGUAUCGGAACUUCCUCUGCAGCUGGUGGAGGUGGUGCAGGAGGUGGAGGUGGUGCUGCUGGCGCAUCAGGAGCAAUGUAUGUCCCCACUGGGGUCGAAGGUAAAGCCGCAGCCGCAGUGUCUGGAUACGUCCCAACCGGUAUCGAAGGUAAAGCUGCAGCACAAGCUGGAUAUGUUCCCGGAGUAGCAGAGAAAGCGGCGAAUGCGGUCGCACAUGGUACCGGUCAGGCCGCUCAAGGGGCUGCACAGGCUGGGCAAGGUCUUUCUUCGAUGGCAGUUCCUCCUCCUACCGAUGCGGGUGCUACCGCGGCAUCCACUGCUUUUGCUCCACCAGUCGACCCAACAUCCGCAGCAGGGGCUGCUACCACCAUGGCUCCAGGGGUCCCACCUGGCUAUGUUCCUGGAUCUGAAGGUCUUGCAGCAUCAACCGCUGGCACCGCUACAGGUGGUGCUGGGGGCACUGCAAUCGGUUCUUCGGCCGCUGGUGGGCUUGCACCGGGUGUAGCUUCGGUGGCUGGCCCAACUGGCGGUCUCGCUCCAGGUAUAGCUACAGUGGCUGGCCCAACUGGCGGUCUCGCUCCAGGUCUUGCAGGAGGAGCUGCCACAGGCACUACUGUUGGCACAGGAGGAGGCUUGACGACAGCGCAGACGGUUGGUACAUCCAUUGCCGCAGGUUUUGCAGGUUUUGGUGCUGUUCUCUUCGGUCGGAAGAAGAAGAACAAGGAAAAUGCACCGUACCCUCCUGAUACAGAAAGCAUGCCGGUCCCUCCGAUGGCCCCAGGGCAACAGCAAUACUAUAACUACACAUUCCAGCAGCAGCAGCCGUAUUACCCCCAACAGCAGGAACCAAUAAUAUACGCACCUCAGCCCGUUCCAGAGCCACCUGGAGCAUUCAAUGAAAAGGAAAUCAAGAGUGGGGAACCCUCAAACAAUGUCAACUUAAACAUUGGCGUUCAAGAAGUUGUGCCAACUCCGUCGCAUGAAGUUCAGGCAGAUCCGAUUAGUCGGCCUGCGGAAAUGCCUAUUUCUGAACAACCAUAUAUUCCACCACCUCCGCCUACUGCAGCGCAAAGGAAGGAGUAUGACUAUAAUUAA